UUUAGUUUUCUUUUCCUUCAAGACUUGUUUGUAUUUGUAUCGUUCAUUCAUCCAUUCCCGAUAUCUACUUCCGAUCUCCGUCGCCGUUUACUCCGCAGAAAAAUGGCGUCAUCAGUAUCACAUUUUCCAGCCACAACAGAAUCUCUUGAGCUGGCUUCAGAAGCCAAAAGUCGAUCUGAGGCGAUCACCAUACUCUAUUGCGUCCUAGAUAACCCCACAGCCUCUUCUGAAGCCCUACGGGUCAAAGAGCAAGCAGUUAUUAAACUUUCCGAUCUCCUUCGAGAAGAGAACAGGGGAGAAGAUCUCCGUGGUCUUUUGACUACAUUAAGACCGUUCUUUGCACUGAUCCCUAAAGCGAAAACUGCAAAAAUUGUUAGGGGAAUCAUAGAUUCAGUUGCCAAGAUACCAAAUUCCACUGAUCUUCAAAUAUCACUCUGCAAAGAAAUGGUAGAAUGGACCCGAUCUGAAAAACGUACCUUCUUGAGGCAACGGGUUGAGGCCCGGCUUGCUGCAUUGUUAAUGGAUAGCAAGGAGUAUUCAGAAGCAUUGACCCUCCUUUCUGGUUUGGUCAAAGAGGUUAGAAGACUUGAUGAUAAGUUGCUUCUUGUUGACAUCGAUCUGCUGGAAAGUAAACUCCACUUCUCCUUGAGAAACCUCCCAAAAGCUAAAGCUGCACUCACGGCUGCUAGAACAGCUGCAAAUGCAAUCUAUGUACCUCCUGCUCAACAAGGAACCAUUGAUUUACAGAGUGGGAUUCUUCAUGCUGAAGAGAAGGACUAUAAAACAGCCUACAGCUACUUUUUUGAAGCGUUUGAGGCGUUUAAUGCACUUGACGACCCAAGAGCUGUCUACAGUCUCAAGUAUAUGUUGCUAUGUAAAAUAAUGGUGAAUCAAGCAGAAGAUGUUGCAGGUAUUAUAUCUUCAAAGGCUUUAAAGUUUUUGGGUCCAGAACUCGAUGCAAUGAAGGCUGUUGCUGAUGCUUAUGCCAAGAGGUCGCUAAAGCUAUUUGAAACCUCUCUUCAAGAUUUUAAGGCUCAGUUGGAUGAAGACCCAAUUGUCCAUAGGCACCUUUCCUCUCUCUACGACACACUAUUGGAGCAAAACUUAUGCAGGUUGAUUGAACCGUUUUCAAGGGUUGAGAUAGCUCACAUAGCGAGUCUGAUUGAGCUUCCAUUGGAGCACGUGGAGAAGAAAUUGUCACAGAUGAUAUUGGACAAAAAAUUUGCAGGAACACUGGACCAGGGUGUUGGGUGUCUCAUUAUUUUCGAAGAUCCAAAGACUGAUGCCAUCUUCCCUGCAACACUUGAAACCAUUCAAAACAUGGGCAAGGUUGUCGACAGCUUGUUUGUGAGAUCAGCCAAGAUAAUGGCUUGAGAUGUUACAAAUUAUGUGCUUCAUAUACUUUUGUAUUUGUUUGAAAUGUUAAGUUGAUCUGUUAGAACCUGGUUAUGUUUGACUUUGUUAGAUGGCAAUCAUAACUAGCCGAUCUUUGACAUCUUGAGACUGAAAUUUAUGAGCGUUCCAAAAA